CACAUCUGUAUGAUAAAUAUUUUAUAAUUUACGGAAGAUACACGUGUGUUAAACCUCAAAUAAUUAUAAAAUAAGUAAUUUUUAAUAAAGAUGGGACGACGUGGUACUCGUUACAGUUCAUUUGCACAGAAAAAAAGAGAUCGAAAAGAAAAGGCCGAAAAUGAAAUUAAAAAUCGUAAUCCCGAUCGAAGGCAACCGGCUUAUGAAUCGAUAACUCGAGAAAAUUUGGACUUCGAAAAGUAUUACAAGGCACAAAAAAUUUGUACGGAUGAAGAAUGGUCUGAAUUUUUGAAGGCAAUGAAAUCAGAUUUACCAACAGCGUUCCGCAUAACAGGAUCUCGCGAAGAAGCUGCAACACUUUUAAAUAUUGUAAAAGAAAAUUUUUUUAAAGAUUAUCUUAAUGAAAAAGUUGAAAAUGGAGUAGAUACAAAAGAUGAAGAUAUUACUGAGCUAAAACCGUACUGUUUACCCUGGUAUCCAGAUGGGCUAGCAUGGCAAUUACAAUUAACACGAAAAGAUAUUAGACGUUCUGAGAAUUAUUUUAAAUUACACAAUUUUCUAAUAUCAGAAACAGACAGUGGUAAUAUCAGCAGGCAAGAAGCAGUCAGUAUGAUACCACCAAUUGCUUUAGAUAUCAAAUCACAUCAUAAGGUAUUAGACAUGUGUGCUGCACCAGGAUCGAAAACAGCUCAAUUAAUCGAAAUGUUACAUCAAUCACUACCUGAAAAUGAACCUUUACCCAAAGGAUUCGUAAUCGCAAAUGAUAGUGACAAUAACCGGUGCUAUAUGUUGGUACAUCAAGCGAAACGUUUGAAUUCUCCAUGUAUGCUUGUAUCCAAUCACGAUGCAACAAUAUUCCCAAAUUUAACAAUAGCCGAAAAUUUAAUAAAGCCUGAUUCAGAAGACACAAAACAGGUACCAUUAAAAUUUGAUCGAAUUUUAUGUGAUGUACCAUGUUCUGGUGACGGAACAUUACGUAAAAAUCCAGAUAUUUGGUUAAAAUGGAAUGCAGCCAAUGGAGAUAAUUUACAUGGGAUACAAACACGAAUUGUACGACGUGCAGCCGAAUUACUAGCGGUCGGUGGUAAAUUAGUUUAUUCAACGUGUUCUUUAAAUCCAGUUGAAAAUGAAGCUGUUAUCCAUCGUUUAUUGAGUGAAUGUGGUGAUUCUGUACGAUUGUUAGAUCCUAGAGAAAUGUUGCCUAAUUUGAAACAUAAAAAUGGUAUGACAAAAUGGUUAUUGGCAUCAAAAGAUUUACAGUUUUAUGAAAAUUUUGAAGAAGUACCUGAAAAAUGGCAUACUGUUGUUCGUCCACAAAUGUUUCCACCUAAACCAGAAGAUUUGCAUAAAUAUCCGUUAGAAAAAUGUAUGAGAAUACUACCACAUCAGCAAGAUACUGGUGCAUUUUUCAUAGCGGUUGUUGAAAAAGUUGAUUUCUUACCAUGGGAAACAAUUGCACGGCCAAAACCAGAACCUAAAGAAGAAGCAAAUGAAGAAACCGUGGAAGAAAAACCACAAGAAUAUAAACGAGACAAUGAAAAACCACCUCCUAGGAAAAAACGUCGUAUGUAUGGUUUUAAAGAAGAUCCAUUUGUAUUUUUCAAUGACGAAGAAGAAGUUUGGCCAUCAAUUAAAAAUUUCUAUGAUAUACAUUCAAGCUUUAAUCCAAAAUGUUUAUUAACACGAUGCCAAACUGGUAAAAAGAAAAAUAUUUACUUUUGUUCUGAAGUAAUACGAGAUAUUGUUUUAAAUAAUGAACACAAGCUGAAAAUUAUCAAUACUGGUGUAAAAUCAUUUGUACGCUGUGAUAAUAAGAAUAUGGAAUGUGCAUUUCGUUUGGGUAAUGAAGGUUUACAAAGUAUUUUACCAUUCUUGGGUAAUAAACGAAUAAUUACUAUCCAAAAAGAAGAUCUAAUUACAAUAUUAUUACACAAUAAUCCAUUGGAUCCACCAGAUAUUACAACGUUAACAGAGUCUACACAGAAUCAAGUUGCUAAUAUUUCUGCUGGUUCUUGUGCAUUAAAAUAUUUAGACGAAAAAUUGAAAUUACAAUUAAAUUUGUCGGGAUGGAAAGGCACUAGAUCAUUACGUGCUUAUGUAACCAAAUUUGAUACUGUACAUAUUUUACGUUUAUUGGGUGAAGACACAUCAAAAUAUGAGGUGAAUAAAUUCAAAAAACUCGGAGACGAAGAAGAUGAAAAUUCUACAGAAAAUGAUUUGAGUGAAAAAACAGAUGUUAAAGAAGAGGAAGAAGAAGAAAAUACAAUGGAAAAUGGUGUUAAAGAUAAAACGGAUGUUUUAAAUGAAAAAAUGAAUAUUAAAGAGGAGAAAGAAGCAGAUAAAAGUAAAACUGUAGAGUAAAUAUAUUUUUCUAAUA